AUGUAGGUCAAGUUUAAUACAGGUAACGGCCAUAGGAGUAAACAAUCAUGGCGGAUAUUAACUAUUUACGCAGGAUUCUAGUUUUAUUAACUGUUUUUGGUGUGUGUUCUGCUCAAGUUAGUCGCGGAACAAUUCUUGAUGUUAUGACAAAUACAAAUGGACUUAAAACGUUCGCAUCCUGGUGUAGAGAGACGUUCCCGGGGUUGUACAGUGGUUCUGGUGUGUUGACGGUAUUCGCCUUCAAUGACACGGCAUAUACCUAUACGAUGCCGUCAUCCGAGCGCUCGAGACUCAUGAGCCUCACUCUGGAUGAAAAAAGAGAAUACGUACAGACGUACACAUUGGAAAGUCGUAUAAGUGUAGAUCAGUUACGGGAUUCCUCCACACAGCAGUCCAUCAACGGCAAGGAAUUGUUUAUAAAUAAAAGAAACAGAGUAUAUUGGAAUCCUGGUAGUACCACGGGAAGUAGCGCCACCUAUGUUAACGGAGCAAUGAUUAUCCGGGAACAGUUGCAAGCUAGUAACGGAAUAAUCCACGUGUUAGAUCGGCCGUUGAGUCCAAUCAGCGAUUCUAAUGUAUACCAAUGGUUGAUGGAACCGGACGACCCGACAAUUCAAACCACUACAAUAAUGCAAUUAGCCGAGAGGAUAUAUGGAGAAUAUUUCACGUCGGUAAUCUCUCCGAUCAGCACCAACGACAGGGUGACGUUCUUUUUACCGUCAGAGAAUGCUUUACGUAAAAUUCCGAACUCGAAACUGUCGAGUUUAAAUGGUAGAGAGCUGGCGAACUUCAUGUUAAGAGUUGUGGCCCUUUUUAAUACUCUUAAAACCUGGAGAGAUCUUGCUGCCAAACUAUAUCAAGAUAGUCGGUUUUACCUCGACGUUGUUACGCCCAUAGCAAGGACCGAUAAAAUUACAUUCUUCCUCCCAAGCGAGAACGCUUUGAGAAAAAUUCCAGCCUCGAAGAUUCAAGGCCUACAAGGGCAGGAGUUGGCCAAUUAUUUCAAAAUGCAUUACAUAAAGAACCGUGUGGUUUAUACGUCGUAUGUGGAACAUCAGGAGAGUUAUGAAACGGCUUACACGGGAUCUCGUGUAAUGUUUAUGAGGCAAGAUGCUGGGCGUGUUCUGGUUAAGAGUGGAGGUGUCACAGCUAUGAUUGAGCGAGGAAAUAUUACAGUACGUAAUGGUGUUAUACAUAUCAUUGACAGAAUGUUCGGGUUCGUUUACAACUCAGCUAGAGAACAAAUUUCCCAGGAUGCCCCAACAUUCAACCGUCUUAUCGACAGAGUGUCACCAGACCUCCAGGCCUUGAUUACCCAGCCAUCCGGUGUCAACAUGUUUGUACCGACAGAAGACGCUUUUUCAUAUAUAAACAAUUUAAGGGGAGUCAACUUGGACACAAAUACUUCUCUCAUAGACUUUAUUGUGAGACUCUCUAUGAUUAAAGAUGGCAGUAUUGAGGUGUCACAGAUUAAUGGAAACUUUGAUGUGAGACAGAGACGCUUUUCUAGAUAUAAUAACUGGAAAGUUGUUGUCUACAAUGAUAGAAAUGAAUCCUGGGUAAAUGGUGGAAAUGUAAGGGCCAGGAUUGUGAGACCUGAUAUUAAAGUUACCACAGGAGUUCUACAAUAUAUUGACGCAAUUCUUGGUGUUCCUAGCAAAGAUAUCCCAACACUUAUAUACUAUGAUGACUAUUUAAUAAACACUUAUAUGGACUUAAAGUCAGUAGGGCUUAUUGAUUAUUUAAAGGACCAAAGCUAUGAUAGCACUUAUCUACCACCAAGAAAUUUUGACCAGUAUGGCAAUGGUAUGAACAAUUAUGGUCAACAAACUAAUAACGACGUGUUUAGAACGGAAUAUCCGAAUCAGUAUCCAACAAGUUAUCCAGGACAGGUAUUGAGGCGGUUGAUCAUUCCGAACCAGUUGAUCUUCAUCGAGCAGAUGCAAGUUAGUUCACAGUCACAGAGGUAUAGGGCUCACAAUGGUGAUGAGGUCAUCCUUCGAAAGGAAACAGAAAAUACCGUCCGUCUGUCUUGGGGAGGGAUGUCGGCACGGGUGAUAAUGUCCGAUUUAGGUGCGACGAAUGGUGUCGUACAUAUCAUAGACACUGUGUUAUCAUCAUUAAGUGACAGAACGGCAGAUAUCAGUGCUAGUAACAAUCUUUCAGGAAAUUUCUACGUCUUUGUGGUAAUUGUCUCCACUUUGUGUUACUUUCAGAGAGUGUGGAGGUAAUUUAGGUCAUUUUUUGAAUAUUUAAAAUUGACAUUUGUUGAUAUUUUUAUUCCAUUUUCUUUCUUUAAUCAUUUUACAUGUAUCAAAUUUCAUUUGCAUUUUUUAGAUACUUGUUGACUGUGUUUUUGUAGGGAUUUUUUUAAUGACAUGCAGACUUUUUAUAAGAAAAUGUGCAGAAAUGAUUUUUUACUUAACCAGAAAUGAAUAUUGCAACAUUAUUUAUUUUUAGCUCACCUGACCACGAAGUGGUCAUGGUGAGGUAUAGUGAUGGGGCUAUGUCCGGCGUCCGUCGUCGUGCGUUGUGCGUCGUGCGUUGUGCGUCGUGCGUUGUGCGUCGUUCGUCGUCAACAAUUGGGUUGUUAACAGUCUAGCAGUCACAGUGUUGAUUGGAUCAUCAUCAAACUUUGUCAGAAUGUUUGUCUCAAUGAAAUACAGAUCGAGUUCGAAGAUGGGUUAUCUCGGGUCAAAAACUAGGUCACAGGAGCUAAAAAUAGAAAAAGCUUGUUAACACUCUAGAGGCUGCAGUUUUCAUCCAAAUAUUCUGGAAAUUUGUCAGGAAGGUUGUUUUGAUGAUAUCUAGGUCAAGUUCGAAGAUGGGUCAUCUCCGGUCAAAAACUAGGUCACAGGAGCUAAAAAUAGAAAAAGCUUGUUAACACUCUAACAAUUGGGUUGUUAACAGUCUAGCAGUCACAGUGUUGAUUGGAUCAUCAUCAAACUUUGUCAGAAUGUUUGUCUCAAUGAAAUACAGAUCGAGUUCGAAGAUGGGUUAUCUCGGGUCAAAAACUAGGUCACAGGAGCUAAAAAUAGAAAAAGCUUGUUAACACUCUAGAGGCUGCAGUUUUCAUCCAAAUAUUCUUGAAAUUUGUCAGGAAGGUUGUUUUGAUGAUAUCUAGGUCAAGUUCGAAGAUGGGUCAUCUCUGGUCAAAAACUAGGUCACGAGCUAAAAAUAGAAAAAGCUUGUUAACACUCUAAUAAUUGGGUUGUUAACAGUCUAGCAGUCACAGUUUUGAUUGGAUCAUCAUCAAACUUUGUCAGAAUGUUUGUCUCAAUGAAAUACAGAUCGAGUUCGAAGAUGGGUUAUCUCGGGUCAAAAACUAGGUCACAGGAGCUAAAAAUAGAAAAAGCUUGUUAACACUCUAGAGGCUGCAGUUUUCAUACAAAUAUUCUGGAAAUUUGUCAGGAAGGUUGUUUUAAUGAUAUCUAGGUCAAGUUCGAAGAUGGGUCAUCUCCGGUCAAAAACUAGGUCACAGGAGCUAAAAAUAGAAAAAGCUUGUUAACACUCUAGUGGCUGCAGUUUUCAUCCAAAUAUUUUGGAAAUUUGUCAGGAAGGUUGUUUUGAUGAUAUCUAGGUCAAGUUCGAAGAUGGGUCAUCUCCGGUCAAAAACUAGGUCACAGGAGCUAAAAAUAGAAAAAGCUUGUUAACACUCUAGUGGCCGCAGUUUUCAUCCAAAUAUUCUGGAAAUUUGUCAGGAAAGUUGUUUUGAUGGUUUCUAGGUCAAGUUCAAAGAUGGGUCAUCUCCGGUCAAAAACUAGGUCACAGGAGCUAAAAAUAGAAAAAGCUUGUUAACACUCUAUAGGCUGCAGUUUUCAUCCAAAUAUUCUGGAAAUUUGUCAGGAAGGUUGUUUAGAUGAUAUCUAGGUCAAGUUUGAAGAUGGAUCAUGUCUGGUCAAAAACUAGGUCACAGGAGCUAAAAAUAGAAAAAGCUUGUUAACACUCUAGUGGCUGCAAUUUUCAUCCAAAUAUUUUGGAAAUUUGUCAGGAAGGUUGUUUUGAUUUUAUCUAGGUCAAGUUUGAAGAUGGGUCAUGUCUGGUCAAAAACUAGGUCACAGGAGCUAAAAAUAGAAAAAGCUUGUUAACACUCUAUAGGCUGCAGUUUUCAUCCAAAUAUUCUGGAAAUUUGUCAGGAAGGUUGUUUAGAUAAUAUCUAGGUCAAGUUUAAAGAUGGAUCAUGUCUGGUCAAAAACUAGGUCACAGGAGCUAAAAAUAGAAAAAGCUUGUUAACACAUUAGUGGCUGCAGUUUUCAUCCAAAUAUUCUGGAAAUUUGUCAGGAAGGUUGUUUUGAUGAUAUCUAGGUCAAGUUCGAAGAUGGGUCAUCUCCGGUCAAAAACUAGGUCACAGGAGCUAAAAAUAGAAAAAGUUUGUUUACACUCUAGUGGCUGCAGUUUUCAUCCAAAUAUUCUGAAAAUUUGUCAGGAAGGUUGUUUUGAUGAUAUCUAGGUCAAGUUCGAAGAUGGGUAAUGUCCGGUCAAAAACUAGGUCACAGGAGCUAAAAAUAGAAAAAGCUUGUUAACACUCUAGUGGCUGCAGUUCUCAUCCAAAUAUUCUGGAAAUUUGUCAGGAAGGUUGUUUUGAUGAUAUCUAGGUCAAGUUGGAAGAUGGGUCAUGUCCGGUCAAAAACUAGGUCACAGGUGCUAAAAAUAGAAAAAGCUUGUUAACACUCUAGUGGCUGCAGUUUUCAUCCAAAUAUUUUGGAAAUUUGUCAGGAAGGUUGUUUUGAUGAUUUUCAGGUCAAGUUCGAAGAUGGGUUAUCACCGGUCAAAAACUAGGUCACAGGAGCUAAAAAUAGAAAAAGCUUGUUAACACUCUAGUGGCUGCAGUUUUGAUUAAAUAUUCUGGAAAUUUGUCAGGAAGGUUGUUUUAAUGAUUUCUAGGUCAAGUUCGAAGAUGGGUCAUGUCUGGUCAAAAACUAGGUCACAGGAGCUAAAAAUAGAAAAAGCUUGUUAACACUCUAAUGGUUGCAGUUUUCAUCCAAACAUUCUGGAAAUUUGUCAGAAAGGUUGUUUUGAUGAUUUCUAGGUCAAGUUCGAAGAUGGGUCAUCUCAGGUCAAAAACUAGGUCACAGGAGCUAAAAAUAGAAAAAGCUUGUUAACACUCUAAUGGCUGCAGUUUUCAUCUAAAUGUUCUGGAAAUUUGUCAAGAAGGGUUGUUUUGAUGAUAUCUAAGUCAAGUUCGAAGAUGGGUCAUCUCCGGUCAAAAACUAGGUCACAGGAGCUAAAAAUAGAAAAGCUUGUUAACACAUUAGGGGCUGCAGUUUUCAUCCAAAUAUUCUUGAAAUUUGUCAGGAAGGUUGUUUUGAUGAUGUCUAGGUCAAGUUCGAAGAUGGGUUAUCUCCGCUCAAAAACUAGGUCACAGGAGCUAAACAUAGAAAAAGCUUGUUAACACUCUAGUGGCUGCAGUAUUGAUUCAAAUAUUCUGGAAAUUUGUCAGGAAGGUUGUUUUGAUGAUUUCUAGGUCAAGUUCGAAGAUGGGCCAUCUCAGGUCAAAAACUAGGUCACAGGAGUUAAUAAUAGAAAAAGCUUGUUUACACUCUAGUGGCUGCAGUUUUUAUUCAAAUAUUCAGGAAAUUUGUCAAGAAUGUUGUUUUGAUGUUUUCUGGGUCAAGUGCUAAGAUUGGUCAUGUCUGGUCAAAAACUAGGUCACAGGAGCUAAAAAUAGAAAAAUCUUUUUAACACUCUAGUGGCUGCAGUUUUGAUCCAAAUUUCCUGGAAAUUGGUCAGGAAGGUUGUUUUGAUGAUUUCUAGGUCAAGUUUGAAUAUGGGUCGUGUCCAGUCAAAAAUUAGGUCACAUUGCCCAAAUAUGGAAAAAUCUUUAUAACACACUAGAGGUCACAUGUUUGACUCAGUCGCAUCAAACUUGGUCAUGAUGCUUGUUUAAGACAUUGCUUGGAUGCGGUUGUGUCAGGUGAGCGAUCCAGGGCCAUCAUGGCCCUCUUUUUUUUUAUAAGAUUAUGUGAUUUUAGAAAUUUUAUUAAAAGAAUGGAGUUAUCCUGGAUAUUUUAACACUUGAAAUUGAUUUUCAUUGAUAUUUUUUAAGCCCAUUUUUUAAACCAUAUACAUUAAUUGUAGUUGUUUUUGAUGCAGUUGAUAGGUUCAAAGUGUAUAGUAGAUUAUUCAUUUUAGCAUGAAUAUAUUAUAAGCUAUUAUUAACCAUUGUGCUAUGCAUAUCAAUUGUUCUUUAUCAAUAUCAGUUAUCUUAAGAUAUUUUCAGGAAUUAUAUAGGAACUAUUUUUAAUGUCCCCAUACAUUCCAUUCGUGUUGUGAUUAUACUUAGUCUAGUUUUCCAUUGUGACUUUUAAUGUCACAUUAAGAUACUAUACUGUGACACAUUAUGUGACAUCGGCUUGUAUUGUGACACAAGAUUGUACUGUGACAUUAUCUAUAUAUACUUUUUCAAAGUCUUUUAUUUUUAGCUCGACUAUACGAAGUAUAUGGAGAGCUGUCCUACUCGCCCCGGCGUCGGCGUCUGCGUCCGCGUCCAGAUUUUAGAUUAAAGUUUUGGUGCAGUAAAAUAUUUUUCACUAUAACUUUGUCAUUUCUUAAGGUAUCAACUUCAAACUUCAAAUAUAUGUUCCUUAUCAUCAACCACAUCUUAUGUGACAAGGUUCAUAACUCUAGCACCAAUAUUUUCAGAUUUAUCUCCCCUUGAACUUAGAAUUUUCCUUAAAAAAUACUAUUUUUUACUGUUUCUUCUUUAUUUCUUAAGGGAUCAACCUCAUACUUCAAAUAUAUGUACCUUAUCAUCAUCCCCAUCUUAUGUGACAAGGUUCAUAACUCUAGCACCAAUAUUUUCAGAUUUAUCUCCCCUUGAACUUAGAAUUUUCCUCAAAAAGUACUAUUUCUUACUGUUUCUUCUUUAUUUCUUAAGGGAUCAACCUCAUACUUCAAAUAUAUUUACGUUAUCAUCAUCCCCAUCUUAUGUGACAAGGUUCAUAACUCUAGCACCAAUAUUUUCAGAUUUAUCUCCCUUUGAACUUAGAAUUUUCCAUAAAAAAUAUUAUUUUUUUCUGUUACUUAUUUAUUUCUAAAGGGAUCAACUUCAUACUUCAAAUAAAUUUACAUUAUCAUCAUCCACAUCUUAUGUGACAAGGUUCAUAACUGUAGCACCAAUAUUGCAAGAAUUAUCUCCCCAUAAACUUAGAUUUUUUUACUAGAAAAAUGUUAUUUUUUAUUAUAACUUUUUUAUUUUUAAAGGUAUCUACCUCAAACUUCAAAUUCUUAUUCCUUAUCAUCAAUUACAUUUUAUGUGACAAUGUUCAUAACUCUUGAAGCAAUAUUUACACAUUUAUCUCUCUUUGAACUUAGGAUUUUCUUUAAGAAAUAUAAUAACUUCUUUACUUUUUAAGGUAUCUACUUCAAACUUCAAAUAUAUAUUUCUUAUCAUUACACAAAUGUUGUGUGACAAGGUCCAUAAUUCUAGCAUGACUAUUUCUAGAAUUAUUCCCCUUGAUCUUAGAAUUUAUGUUAACAAAUAUCAUUUUUUUACUAUAACUUAAUACAUAAUUAUACAUAAUUGAUUUUUCUUUCAUAGUUUUGUCCUCCUAACUGCGUCCAGUAUUUUAUUAGUCGAGCUUGGCUGUCUCCUGUGACAGCUCUUGUUUUAUUUACUGUCAUUAGAAUAUUUCAAUGUUGGGGUCACCUACCAUCUUUGUGUUACAGCAAUAUUUUAAAUCAUUGUUUGUGACCAUAUUAUUUCUGUGACCAUUAUGAAGCUAGGUUGGUUUUGUUGUUUGUGUUAACUUCAAUGUACAUCUCUCAAUCGUUCAGGAAACCCGGAAUUCCAAGCAUUUUGUAAAUAAAUAGCAUUUCAUUACAAUAUAUACGCUAGUCCUCCUUUAAUGUGAGCUGGAUUUGCUUUAUUCAUAUUGAAUGUAUUACAUGACUGUACACAUUUAAUUCAUGAGUUUUACAGAGUUAAAAUGUAAAUUUUGCACGUGUUCUAAUUGAAGUUGUACACUUAAAAUGUAAUUCUUACACGUGAUGAUAUAGAAUACUUUUUGUCUGACUUACUGCAGAAUUCAAACCGCCCUUUUUUUAAAGAUUUUGAAAUCUUAAAUAGUACUCAAUUGUUUACAAUGUUUUUUGUUUUUUUACCGAAUUUUUAUUUUUAUUAUUUAUUAUGUAAAACAAUUUGUCCUAAAUUUGUAUCAUUAUCAGACAAUAAAAAUAACUUAAGAUGUUUUUUGGUUUUUUUUAACUAGUUUCAAUUUAAAGAGUGCUGAUUUUUUUAUAUAUUUACAAUUAUUCUUAAAUUUAUAUCAUCGGGCAAAAUUUUCCUUGCAUAAUGAUAAUUUAGGAUGUUAGUGGCGACAUGGCCGAGUGGUAAACGCGUCAGACUAGAAAUCUAAUGAUAGCUAGCCGCACGGGUUCAAACCCAGACAGAGGCAAGUCGUUGGUUCCUUGAGGAAGAAACUUCACACUCAUUGCUUAUUACUGGUUUAGGUUCGAAACUGUGUCUAUAAGCUUAUAGCUUCCUACACAAUCAAACUAAAAUUCUGUAUAUUAAACCAAUUAAGGAUGGUUUUUUCCCCCUAAGAUUCUAUUCAAAUAGAGUGUUGAAAAAAACCUUCAUAUAUUUUCAUAAUUUCUGUGUGUUGAAUUCUUAUAUUAAGAAACAACAAUUUUUACUCUGUAUCUGUUGAAAAAGGUUUAUUUAUAACUUCACACAAACUUUUCCAAGAAAAAUUUGUAUAAUAAUCAUGUAUAAGUGUAAAUAGGUUUUUAAGUUCUUUUUCACAAAAGUACUGAAAUAUACUGUUCACAAUUCAAAGCUGGACAUGCUAAUUACACAUAUUUAGAUUUAAAAAAAAAUGUAUUUUUUAAUGAAAUAAGUGCUGUGUUAUUUAGGUUAAAAAUUUAUUUGUUAUAAAAUAGCUUGAUGUAUACUAUAUAUAAUUUUAAACGAUCAAAUUUCAAGGGGAGGGGGCUCCAUGGUUUUGGUCAUUGAGUUUCAUUCACUUGUCAAUUACCACUGUGGGUUUGAAUCCCGUUUGGGACUUUGGAUUCUGUCAUGUGACGAGGGUGAGGGAGCUAUCCAGCUUGCUUUCAGAUGGCAGGGUUGUUCAUCUCUGGUGCCCAUUCGUACCUGAAAUAAUGCACGAAACCUGAAAUAAUGCACGAAAGGUCACACCUGAGGUCUUCCUGCACCAGUAAAGCAGGAAAGUCACCAUAUCACCUUUAAAGUGUUUUUGUGACUUAAAAUCCAACAUAACAAACAAAUAAAUUAUAUUAUAUUUACUAAUAGGUAAUUGGUGCCAUAUUGAGUAGAAAUAUAGUAAUCUUUCAUAAAAAUAUAUGUAUGAUAAUGUAUUUUUAAUUACGAUAUUAUUUUUGUACAUGUAACCGAUUAUGAAACACAAUGGUUAUGAAAUUAAUAAUUGUUAACAUAAUUGAAUUGUUCAAGUGUAAAAAGUUUUAUUUUCUGCCUAUGGUUAAAAAGAAGAACUACUUUAAAAUUGUUAUAAAAAAGUUACAAAAAAACGAUAUGAAAGUAAUAUAAUUAUGUUUGUAUAAUAUUAUAUUCUUUAACAGCAAAUGUGGUGUGCACAAAAUCUUUCUAAAAGGUAGCAGCAUGAUAUUUUAUUCUGGAAUAUUUUAUUCUGUUUACAUACAAAACUCGUAUAUUAAAUAACAGAAGACAAAUGUUACAGCUCAUUCUGACAUUCAGGAAUCAACCAAAUUUUAAUGAGACCAACAUAAUUAUACCAUUUACAAAUUUGAUAAAAAAUUUAGAUCUUUAUACAUAGCUUUCUUUAUACCUUUCAACACAAUUCAUACAUAUAGAAAUAAUGAUCUUUUCUUAACAAAACCAUGUAUUAAUCUAUAGCAUUUUUACUCAGUUGAAAAAGAAUGAUAAAUGAUGAAACAAAAUUGAAAUCAUAAUUGAUAUCAUUGUGUUUUUGAAUUGGUAAAGUGUGCUCACUUGUUAAUAUAUAAUUAUUAUAUUACUUUUUUAUGUUUUCAUACACGGUCACCACCAUGUCUUGGUAACUAAAAACCGAAACCAAAAAUGUACAUAGUACAUGUAAUACAUGUAUAAAGCCUUAUUAUAAUAGUUACUAUAGUUUAAGCUGCAAAACAGUUAUUAGAAUAUUUUGAUCUUGGAAGUUUGUCCUUGGUAGCGUGGGUAUGGUCCUUGACUUCAAACCAUGCUACUGACGUCUGUAGGUUUCUAUCCCGCCAGGAACUUUGGAUUCUUUUAUGUUAAAAAGCUGUACAGGUAGCUUACAGAAUAGUGGUUCUACCUUGGGUGCCCUCUCAUGUCUGAAAUAGUGCAUGGAAGGGCAACUGAGGUCUUCCUCCACUGUUAAAGCUUGAAAGUUGCCAUAUGAACUGUGUUGGCUCGCCAUAAAAUUGAGCCAAAAAAUAAAAUAAAAUGAUCUUGGACACUGAACAAGCAAUUGGAGACUUAUGCUAUAGUAACUGUUUAGAUAAGUCAGAAUGCUGAAAGUUAUAUUUCUGCAUGAAAUGUUGUAAAUAUUGUAUAGAAUAAUUGUACAUUGAUUUUUUUUCUCCCCUCAAAUUUAUGAUUUCAAAUGGCUUACAUGAUUUGCUCAUAUCUAUCAGCAUCUGUUUAUCAUUUUGUGAGUGUGUUUUUUUAGGUUGCCUUUUAACAGCACAUUAAACCUUUGAAAUGAAUAUAAUUAUAUCCUUCUUGAGAUAAGAAAUAAAGGUACUUUUAUGAUGUUGUAAUGAUGUUUUAAGAGCAUAUAAAAUGCUUAUUACCCUUGGGAAAAUAGCUCUGAAUGUGAAAUUAUUUUCCAUAGUUCAUUAAAACUGAUUUUACCUUUAAAAUUUGUAAUUAUG